AUGGGUAAUAUGUACCAUGUACCGCUAGUAGCCUCGAACUUUCCGACGUCUCCUGCCACUCUGGACAUGGAAGCCCUCUCUUGGCUGCGCCUGGCGCCUGGAUCCUCAAGAGGGAAAGAAAAAGAAGGGAAAAAAGUACCUCGGCAGCGCCGGCUGUGGCUGGCCAUGGGCAUGAUGAUGAUGCAGCCCACCAAGCAGCAUCAUGUAGGUAGUAGGUACAUGCAAUAUGCCGGCAGCCUCUGCAAUUGGGGCGAGAGAGAGAGAGAGAGAGAGAGAGAGAGAGAGAGAGAGAGAGAGAGAGAGAGAGAGAGAGAGAGCCAGAGAAUGGAGAGAGUCCCUCUGUCAGUAGUACCUGGGUACAUAGAUGCAUACAAACUGUCUCCUCAUCAGACCUCAGAUGGCCUGCAUGUGUGGGCAGCGCCGUGGAAGAUCUGCCAGCCUGUUGUCCAGAAGGCUUGGGUGGUCCACCAGCAACCCGGCCUGGGCCGUGAACCGCAACCCGCAAAAGCCACCAAAUCUGACUCCGUCUACGCUUACUGGUUACUGAUUGGCCCUGCGCACCAGGUCUUGUCUGGGAUAUCUUCGCCAGGAUGCUUUCCAUCAGACAGCCAUCUCACAGAGGGCUUCAAUCAAUUCUCGGGCGUCCUGUCCAGCCCGCCUCGACCGAAAGCCACUCCGUAUACUUACAUAGACCACCACCAGACUCCGGGAGCCUCCUCCUCGUCCUCACAUGUCCAUCCUCUACAAGACGCAUCCACUGUUGCCUUCUAUAAAUCGCCCUGGAGCACUCGCUACAGCUACUCCUUCCAUCUCGCACCAACAAAUCCACAGGCCCCGACCGUCCCGCCUGCUGGGUCACUGUCGUCAUUGAUCUCUUCCUUUGCCAGAUCUAAUUUGGUCCCUGAAACAAAAUCAAUUCCCGCUACAUUUGCAAAUAGCUCCGCGGCGCCGAACGAGAAGAAUUACUCCUUUGAAUCCCAUUGUUUGCACCUUUGUAGCUCCCCCUCCCCUCCCCUCUUCAUCACUAUGACGAGUCUUCCUGGAUUCACCACCAAUUUCCCAGCGGGCUAUCCAACUGUCCAAACAAGAGGUGGAGCAUUUGCAGGUGGCAGCAAUUCUUCGAGCGGAUCCCCCCCGGCCCCCAAUCCCUCGGCCGGGCCACAAUUCGACAUUUUCGAUUGGCAUCCUGCCUAUCAGAGCUGUCAGCGAUAUUUCCUAGACCAUGCCCAACAUGAGACGGGCGUGCAGGCCGUUUGCGCCCUCAUCAACAUCUGCCUUCCCUUUCAAUGGACGCCCACUCCCCUCUUGAACUCGUCCGGUCCCCUACCACACUCGUCCGGCCCCGCCGCCUACAAUAUGCCAUGGCCUCGACAAGGUGCAGUCACCACGUCACGUGGCCAGCCUGCGCCUGCAUGGGUAUCCCUCAUCCCCUUUAUCCGUCGACUCAUCAUCACCGGAAUGGACAGCGCCGGCAUCAUGCACGGCUUCUUCGGCGAGGACUGGAGAAAGGGCGUUGGCCCCAUGCACGAAUGCGAGCGACGAAACUACCUGUUUGCUGCCAAGAGCGUCGGCUGGGCCAAGGUCAAGGUCCAGUACGACAUGUCGCCCCACGAGAGUGUGCCGUUUAUCAAACCCUUGCAAGAGACGUCGGUCGAGGAAAUCGAGGGCGCAGAGAGGACUUGGAGUCAGUGGCUUGCCAUGCAAGACUGGCUGUUUAAUCUAGACCUCUAG